AUGACGGUCCCAAUCGUCCACGGCAACACGUCCAGCAACGGCUGGGUCGUUCAAAAGUUUGGAGGCACCAGUGUAGGGAAGUUCCCGGAUAAGAUCGCCGAAGACAUUGUGCGUGCGAGUUUAGGAAACAACAAGGUUAUCGUCGUCUGCUCUGCGCGGAGCACGGGAAAGAAGGCGACCGGAACUACGAGUCGCCUCCUCGAGAUCUACAAGAAGUUACGCGAGAUCUCUGCCACCACCAGCGCCGACGCGACCCACGAGGAACUCCUCGACCAGGCUAGGAAUCUGGUCCAGGAGAUCUGCAACGACCAUGUGUUCGCCGUGCAGUCCUUCGUCAAGGACCCGGAGCUGCAGAAGAAGGUCUCGGACGAGAUCGAGGCCGACUGCCAAGAGCUGAUUGACUACAUCAUUGCGGCUAAGCGCUUCAAUCUCGAGGUCAAUGCCAGGUCGAAGGACAGGGUAGUCAGCUUUGGCGAGAAGCUGAGCUGCAGGUUUAUGGCAUACCUACUGAAAGACAGGCAAGUCGACGCCGAGUAUGUCGAUCUCUCAGACAUCAUGCACUACGACAGCUCCGAUCGUCUCAACCCGUCGUUCUACCGUGAUGGAGCCGCCAUAUUCCAGAAGCGGAUACAAGCGUGCGGUGAGAGGGUGCCCGUGGUCACAGGAUUCUUUGGCAACGUGCCAGGGAGCUUGAUGGACGGGGAUAUCGGACGGGGCUACACGGACCUCUGCGCUGCCCUGCUCGCGGUCGGCGUCAAGGCCCAAGAGCUGCAGGUGUGGAAGGAGGUCGACGGCAUCUUCACCGCGGACCCCACGAAAGUGCCCACGGCCAGACUCCUGGGUUCGAUAACGCCCUCGGAGGCCGCCGAGCUGACCUUCUACGGCUCCGAGGUCAUACACCACCUGACCAUGGACCAGGUCAUCAAGGCCGAGCCGCCGAUACCGAUCCGCAUCAAGAACGUCAAGAACCCGCUGGGCAAGGGCACCAUCGUGGUGCCGGAUCUGGUCCAGUCCCCGGCGCAGCAGAUCAAGCGCUCGCGGCCCUCGGACCCGUCGCUGCGCAAGACGCCGCGGCGCCCGACGGCCGUCACCAUCAAAGACAACAUCUCGGUCAUCAACGUGCACUCGAACAAGCGGUCCAUCUCGCACGGCUUCUUCGCGCGCGUCUUCGCCAUCCUCAACAACCACCGCAUCUCGGUCGACCUCAUCUCGACCAGCGAGGUCCACGUCUCCAUGGCCAUCCACGCCGCCAACUGCCACUUCGAGACGGCCAUCAAGGAGCUGCAGGAGUGCGGCGACGUCAGCACCCUGCACGACAUGGCCAUCCUCAGCCUGGUCGGUGCUGAGAUGAAGAACAUGAUUGGUAUUGCCGGCCGCAUGUUCUCGACGCUGGGAGAGCACAAUGUCAACAUUGAGAUGAUCUCACAAGGUGCCAGCGAGAUCAACAUCAGCUGUGUCAUCGACGCGAGGGAAGCCACGAGGGCCAUGAACAUACUGCAUACAAACCUGUUUACCUUCUUGGAAUAA